AUGAACAGUUUGCAUAGUGAAUCCAAUGAAAAUGGAAACAAAUUGAUUACAAUUGCAGCAGCAAGAAACAUGGUCAUAAGUAGUACAAUGUUUCCGCACAAAAACAUUCAUAAACAGACUUGGAUAUCACCCUGUGAAAGGAUAAGAAACCAAAUAGAUCACAUAGUUGUUGACAGGAGAAUAAGAUCAAGCGUUGAAGAUGUAAGAAGUAUGAGGGGUUGUAGUGCGAUAUCGGAUCACUUCCUGGUAAAGGCAAAGUACAAACUAAAAAUUUCAGUGAGAUGGCAGAAGAAACAGUGUAUCAAAAAAAUUAACAGAGAACUACUAAAUGGAAACCAAGCAAAGGAAUAUCAGGGAAAACUGAACAAAUACCUUUCAAACGCUGAACAUGAAGCAAAUAUAGAAGAAUUAUGGGGAAGAAUAGAAAAUGCGGUUAAAAGAACCUCAGAAGAAGUAUUGGGUUAUGAACCACAGAGAAGGAACAAGCACUGGUUCAAUGAAAUGUGUAGAAAGACCACGGAAGAAAGGGAUAAAACGAGAUUAAAAGUGCUACAGGACCCAAAAGAAGAAAAUAAAAGAGAAUUAGCCAUGAAACAGCGAGAGGUAAAGAAGACAAUUAGGAUGAACAAGAGAGCAUGGGAAAAAGAAAGAGUACAACUCAUAGAAAGUAGUAGAAAGAAUAAUGAUCGAAUCUUCUUUGGGAAAGCGAAUGAAGUUAAACAUGGGUUUAAACGUAAAACAUCAAUGGUUAGGGGAGAAAAUGGAACGUUACUGACCGAUAACGGAAAAAUAGCAGAUGAGUUCAAAAAAAUGUUUAACACACUUUUAAACCAGCCUAGUGAAAGGACAAUUAUAGAAGAACGUGCAACAGUAGAACAAAACAUAGAACCACCAUCAAGAGCAGAGGUAGAAGCUGGUAUUGAAAUGCUCAAAAGUGGUAAGGCAGCGGGAGAAGAUGAGAUAAUUUCUGAAUGCCUUAAAAAGGGAGGACAACAACUAAUACACCAGCUACACAACCUAAUUACUAAAGUUUGGGAACAUGAAGAAAUACCAAGAUCGUGGCGUACAUCUGUUUUAUGGCCUAUUCUUAAAAAGGGAGACCCCCAUGAAUUGCAAAAAUUAUAG